AUUAGUCAGUUUGCUGCUGAUAACCCCUUUUACACAGUUCUAAGUAAAGCUCAAGGGAUAUGUUGAAUCAUCACGCUUUGCAUCCAGGCGAGAAUUUACAUCCAAACCUUUAAUUACAUUCGAGGCUUUACGAUAUCCCAUUGGUGUCUAUUGCCAACUGUGUGAUCACCAUAAAACCGAGAAUAUUUUCCAUAGGCGUGACCUACCAGUUGAAUGGUUCACCCACAGAAGUCUGGAGAAUCUCUAAGGAUGAGGGAAACCAUGGAAAUGACACCAGGAUGCCUUCAGGAGAAUGGACUGUCACAGGUGCUGAAUCUGGUUCUGGAGGAGCUAGGCCUAUUUUACCAUAGAGAUGUGAAUGGUCUGGGAGUAUUGUACAGCCUGCUCCAGGCACCAUGGCUCCAGUCUUUAUUAAAGGUACAUGAUUGCCUCCAACAGUACAUAAAGAAUCGGCCAAUGCCAGUUGUAGCCAAAGCCCGUGCUCUAUCAAGUGAGGUUGCAGAUGUCUUGCGUGAGUGCUCCCCAUCUUCAGAAACUCGAGAACUGAGGAGGCUGCUACGAGGAGCACAUUUCAAGGCACUACUCUCCGCACAUGAUACAGUGGCACAAAAAGACUUUGAACCUAUUUUACCUCCAUUGCCAGAUAACCUCCCAGAAAACGAGGAGGCCCUGCGUAUAGUAUGUUUGGUCAAAAACAAACAGCCUCUGGGCGCUACCAUAAAAAGGCAUGAAAUCACAGGUGACAUCAUCGUUGCUCGAGUGAUCCAUGGGGGACUGGCAGAUCGAAGUGGUUUGCUGUAUGCUGGGGAUAAACUGGUGGAGGUUAACAGAGUUCCUGUAGACGGACUGGAACCUGAACAAGUUAUACAAAUCCUGGUUCAUUCAGAGGGGACUAUCAUCUUUAAGUUGAUUCCAAUUGGUGAUCGAUCUGUCAGCAGCCAUACAAUGCUGUUUGUUCGAGCGAUGGCAGAUUACUGGCCCCAGCUGGAUCCGUCCAUACCAUGCGCAGAUGCUGGACUUCCCUUUAAGAAAGGCGAGAUCCUGCAGAUUGUGGAUCAGAGCGACGCAUUGUGGUGGCAGGCCAGAAAGGUGUCAGAUCUCAGCAGGUGCGCGGGCCUCAUCCCAUCCAAUCACCUGCUCAAAAGGAAACAGAGAGAGUUUUGGUGGUCACAGCCGUUCAUGUCUCAAUCCUGUUUAAAGGCUUCACAGUUGAGUACCAUUGGGGAAGAAGAAGAUAUGAGGAUUGAUGAGAAAUGUGUAGAAGCCGAUGAAGAAACCUUUGAAUCAGAGGAAUUAAAGGGAGGAGAAGAAGAAGAUUUUUGUGGAGAUGGACAAGGGAAUAUUAUUGCUGGUUUUCGAAAGAGCAUGCGCCUUUGUCGAAGAAAGUCCCACAACACUCAGUUUUCCUGUUACUCCCGAUGUCCCAGCACCUGUUACCACACUAUGGCUGCUCCUUAUGAGGAAGUGGUCAGAUAUCAGAGGCGACCAAGUGACCGCCAUAGGCUGAUUGUUCUCCUAGGACCUUCUGGAGUUGGAGUUAACGAAUUGAGAAGACAACUUAUAGGUUUAAACCCUAGCACAUUCCAAAGUCCAGUGCCACAUACCACUCGCCAUAAGAAGAGCUAUGAAGAAAAUGGUCGAGAGUAUUUCUUUGUUUCAAAAGAGACAUUUGAAAGUAUGGUCUACAGUCACAGUUUCCUGGAGUAUGGCGAAUAUAAAGGGAACAUGUACGGGACCAGCAUAGAUGCAGUAAAAUUAAUUUUGGAUGCAGGAAAAACUUGCAUUAUUGACUUGGAGCCACAGGGUAUAACAGGCGUUCGGACGCAUGAACUGAAACCAUACAUUGUAUUUGUCAAACCGCCCAGCAGAAGCUGCAUGAGACAAACUCGGAGAAAUGCCAGGAUCAUCACAGACUAUUUCGUAAACAUGAAGUUUAAGGAGGAAGAUUUCCAAGAAAUUGAGGAAUCGGCAAAGAAGAUGGAAACCCAGUUUGGCCAGUUCUUUGACCAAGUUAUAGUGAAUGAUAAUCUAGAAGCUGCUUGUAUACAAUUAAUGUCCAUUGUACGGCGUGCACAAGAUGAGCCCCAAUGGAUCCCAGCCUACUGGAUUUGCUCAGAUUCGCAAUAACAAUUAUAAUGAAGACUAACUAUCAAAUGAAGAACGCAAAAUAAAUAAAAUAACAGUAGUACAGUAUACAAAUCUUAAAGAAGGAAUGUGUCGUUAAAUUUGAAAAUGUAAAACAACCGUAAAUUCUGUUUCACAUAAUUCUAUUUUAACUUGUAGUACAUUUGUUGCAAUGUUUAUUCCAAUGAUUUAGUAAUAAAGCAGUUUAUAAUUGGUAGAAUGAGGGAAUAGUCAGCCAAAUUCAAAUGGGACUUAGCUAUAAACUAUUUAUUUUGGAAUAUUAAGAAUUAAGAGGUUCCUUGUUGCUAUAACUACUGCAAGAACUUUACGAAGUGUGUAAAAUUAGAGUGAAUGUUUAAUCAAUGCCACAAUAUCUCUGAUUAUAAAAUGAGGCUGAAUAAUGCAAUCCCACAAUUCCUUGCAUGAGGCACUGACAUUUUGAUGCUUCCUGUUUAAGACCAUGCCAAAUUAAGACGAGCAGAACAUGUUUUGCUCUUUAAAACUAUAUGAUUGUGUAGA